GUUGUUACUUUCAUCUCGUUAUAUCUAUUUCUCAAUACAUGUUAUACUUUUUAAUUAUCGUCAUGGAAGUAGUAACAUUCUUACAUUACAGUGGGUUGUCACCAUGUUGCAGCAAAUCCUGCGCGACAUGUGGGUAGACCCGGAGAUCCUCGCUGAACUCGACGAGACGCAGAAACAGACGCUGUUCUGCAAGAUGCGUGAGGAACAGGUGCGUCGCUGGCGUGUGUGGGACGACAAAGUGAGCAAAGAAGACACGGAUAAGCCAAAGUAUGAAGCUAACGGGAAAAAGCACGUGCAGUUCCUUAAGGGGGAGGAUGGUGAACCCUGGGUAUGGGUUAUGGGAGAGCAUCCUAACGACCGUAGCAUCGAGGAUAUCCUGGCAGAAGAAGCCCGUCAGCGCGCGUUGUCGCAAGCCUGCCAGGAGGCGCACCAGCUCAGGAAGUCUGUCGAGAAGGAGCUUACGCAUCUCAUUGAAUUCCAGCCACUGGAUGCCUUGGAACAGAAGUUCGAUUUAUCCCCAAAAAAUGUUGACUCUCUAGAAGAUACGCUAGAUUUGUACUGCUCAGUGGACGAGCUGCGCGCGCGCAUGGAAGAGUUGGGGCCUAUGCCUUCGCCCAAGGAUAUAGACAAGGCUGAAUACGACGCCAUCAAACUUGAUCUCAACAAGAACACAAUGCAUUUCAACUUCAUUGAAGGCAAGCGGGACGUCAGAGAUGUAAUACAGGAGUCAGGUCAGGUGGCAGACGGUGUGAGCCUGCGCGUGGCUGCGUGGGAGCGGCGCGUGGCAGCGGCACGUGCAGGUGACAUCCUGCGCGGUCUGCGCGCGCGCCGGGCACGCACACUGCGCGACGCUCAACGCACCACGCACCACAUGGACGCUGUCUGGAGAGAACAAGAGCGUAAGGCUAAGGAAGCCGAGGCAGCUAUGCGUGAGAUAGCUCGUGCGGCCAGAGAGGCACACCGCCUCAGCGCAGAGAUAGAGCCCCCGCCCUGCCCCUCGCAAGCCGGCAGACCGCCAAACCGCGAAGCGGUGCUGGAGUGGUUCAAGACACACGAGCUGAAGAAGGGAGUCGGUCUCGACGAGAACAACAAACCCGUCGAUUGGUUCCAUGGCGUGAUGUCGCGCGUGGAGGCGGAGCGCGCGCUGUCGGGGCGCGGCGCGGGCAGCUUCCUGGUGCGCGUGUCGGAGCGCGUGUGGGGGUACGCGCUCUCUUACCGCGCACAGGACCGCUGCAAGCACUACCUGGUGGAGGCGGAGCGCGGCUACCGGCUGCUCGGCGCCGCCACCACCACCCACACCUCGCUCGCCGAUCUCAUAAAGUACCACAAGACGGUGGCAAUCACAGAGAGCGGAGGUGAGGUGCUCACCACUCCCUGCCCCCCGCAACACCCGCCCACCUUCUGAACCACGUCACACUGAUGACGUCACUGAUGACGUCACAACGAUGCUGCAUACAAUGGGAACGCGCGCUGCACUUUUAUACAACGAUA